AUCUCCCCUUUCCACAACAUCACCCUCCAGGGCCAGUACCACUGUCACCAUGGCCCAGGGGUCCCUCUGAAACAGUUGUGUGACUUCACGAUGGACUGCCCACUCGGUGACGACGAAGGUGACAUGUGCAGUGAGUACAGCUUAUCUAUACUGAACAAAAAAUAUAAAACGCAACAUGCAACAAUUUCUACGUUUUUACUGAGUUACAAUUCAUAGGAGGAAAUAAGUCAAUUGAAAUAAAUAAAUUAGGCCACAUGACUGGGCAGGGGUGCAGCCAUGGGUGGGCCUUGGAGGGCAUAGGCCCAACCACUUGGCAGCCAGGCCCAACCACUGGGGAGCCAGGCCCAGCCACAAAAGGGCUUUAUUAUGACAUUGGAGGCAUCCUCAACCUUGUAAAGUGGCAAAGCGGCAAAAUAGGACAGCCAUGGCAGGAGCUCCUUUAAUGAAGCUGUUGUGCCCCAGCUGCCUGCCAUUACAGAACUAUGGUUACGUACCAAAUGGCACCCCAUUCCCUACAUAGUGCACUACUUUUGACCACAGCCCUAUACGGUGACAUUUGGGACGCAGACCACAACUAUGGCUGCCUGAACUUACUUGACAGAGGCACUCCAGAGCGCCGUCAGAGUAAUAAUGUUUCCCACGCCGACACCAUGCAUCACUAGUGUUUCUCACCCUUAACAUGUUUCUGCAUGUACACAUUUGUUUUCUCAAGGCCCAGGAAUGGUUUUAUGCCAAUGUUGGGUUGGAAAGUUCCCCUAGCCCUGCGUAUUAUUGUACGCACGUGUGGCUGGGUGUGUGUGUGUGUGUGUGUGUGUGUGUGUGUGUGUGUGUGUGUGUGUGUGUGUGUGUGUGUGUGUGUGUGUGUGUGUGUGUGUGUGUGUGUGUGUGUGUGUGUGUGUGUGUGUGCAAGGGCGUCAUGCCCAUUGAAAUGCACAGGUCUCAGUUAUUUUCAUUUGUACACUGAAAAUAUAGAAGAUAGUGUUUCUUUAAGUCAUGAUUGCAUGGCGCUUGCAACGCCAGGGUUGUGGGUUCGUUUCCCACGGGGGGGCAGUAUGUAAAUGUAUGCACCCACUAACUCUAAGUCGCUCUGGAUAAGAGCGUCUGCUGAAUGACUAAAAUGUUAAAAUGUAAAUGAUGAAUUAAAAGAAAUUGAAUUUGGCCAUCAAUGUACCCUCAAAAGGAUUAGGUACAUGACAUGUGUGUAUGUGUGUGUGUGUUAGUGUAUGUGCGUGUAUGUGUGUGUGUGUGCAGUUCAUCAUAUAUACAUAUACAUACAGUGCCUUCAGAAAGUAUUCACACGUCUUGACUUAUUCAAAAUGUUGUUGUGUUACAGACUGAAUUUAAAAUGGAUUACAUCUGAAAGUUUUGUCACACACAAUACCCCAUAAUGUUAAAGUGGAAUUUUGUUUUCGAAAUUGUUACAAAUUAAUUAAAAAUGUAAAGCUUAAAUGUCUUGAGUCAAUAAGUAUUCAACCCCUUUGUUAUGGCAAGCCUAAAUAAGAUCAGGAGUAAAAAUGUGCUAAACAAGUCACAUAACAAGUUGCAUGGACACACAAAAUAUUCCAAAACAUGAAUCCUGUUUGCAACAAGCCACUAAAGUAAAAUUGAUAAGAAUGUGGCAAAGCAAUUCACUUUUUGUCUUGAAUACAAAGUGUUACGUUUGGGGCAAAUCCAAUACAACACAUUACUGAGUACUACUCUCCAUAUUUUCAAGCAUAGUGGUGGCUGCAUCACGUUAUGCUUUUAAUUGUUAUGGACUGGGGAGUUUUUCAGGAUAAGAAAGAAAUGGAAUGGAGCUAAGCACAGGCAAAGUCCUAGAGGAAAACCUGGUUCAGACACUGGGAGAUUAGUUCAACUUUCAGCAGGAUAAUAACCUAAAACAGACCAAAUCUACACUGGAGUUGCUUACCAAGAAGAGAGUGAGAAUGUUCCUAUGGCAGAACUUGAAAAUGGUUGUCUAGCAAUGAUUAACAACCAAUUUGACAGAGCUUGAAGAUUUUUGAAAAUAAUCAUGGACAAAUAUUGUACAAUCCAGGUGUGCAAAGAGGUAUGAAUACUUUCUGAAGGCACUGUAUAUAAUUGCAUGUGUGUCUCUGCACAUAUCUCUGGAAAUACAUUUGAAAUUAAUUCUGGAAAAACAUACAGAAUGUUAAUGUACCCCAAAUGAAUCUCCAUUCAUGCACAUGCAUAUGAAGCUGACCAAAAUUAAUAUCAGCAUGCCUCACAGUGCAUGAUUAUCCUCCUGUGUGCCACUUAUUACCUUGAUGGCCACUCCCCUGUGCCUAUAGGUCAGCGAACCGUGGGGGCUAGCAAAAUAAGAGGCUAACAUGAGUGUUCAAAUCCCAGGUCUGAUGGCUUUUUCCCUGCUAAUGACGCUAGUACAUAUCAAGCUAUCAAUGCCAAUUAGACUAGCACGCCUACCCAGGGGGAUAGUGUACAUUUGAAUGCGGCGUGUGCUGGAGAUCCCCCAGAGAGACAGACCAUUGCAUGACAGUUGAAUUAUUCAAUACUUAAAACAUGAAAUGCAUGGAGAUCGGUAUGCUUGAUGGCCUGAGGUUACACAGCCUGGGAUUCACUGGAAUUGUUGAUACUGUUGCCUUUGUACAGUGAGUGACUUGAGAGGUGUGUAUAACAAAUUAUUUGGAAAGCUCGUUACACAUCCAAAGCUCCCGCUUUGUGGCGACUUCUCUGUUGUAUCUUACUUCAAAUAGUGCCAGUCAACCCUGUCAAUUAUGGAGUAGUUAUUUGUCAAUGGUUACGUUAACACUAGUUACAUCAUUGAUCUUCUUUAUUAGAUUGACUGUAUUUGACAUGAGAAGUGGAAAGUACUGUACAUUACUCUACUUCUCAUAUCAAAAACAAUGGAUAUUUUAGUCACCUGCCCUUUUCCACUCAAUAUGUCCUGAUGAUUGCAACGUGAUGGUAAGCACAAAUGUGUUGGGAACUCAAAAACAUUACACACAAAAAAGUUCCAAAAGAAUAAACACGUUUCAAAUGUAACAUUAUGUGCAAAUAGUUAAAGUACAAAAUAUCAAAUAAAUAAACAUAAAUAUGGGUUGUAUUUACAAUGGUGUUUGUUCUUCACUUGUUGCCCUUUUCUUGUGGCAACAGGUCACAAAUCUUGCUGUUGUGUUUAUCAAAAUUGUGUUUGUUAUGGAAGGUUUGGGAAUCGCUUCCUUUUAGGUGGUUGUAGAAUUUAACGGCUCUUUUCUGGAUUUUGAUAAUUAGCGGGUAUCGGCCUAAUUCAGCUCUGCAUGCAUUAUUUGGUAUUUUACAUUGUACACAGGACAUAUUUUUGCAGAAUUCUGCAUGCAGAGUCUCAAUUUGGUGUUUGUCCCAUUUUGUGAAUUCUUGGUUGGUCAGACGGACCCCAGACCUCACAACCAUAAAGGGCAAUGGGUUCUAUAACUGCUUCAAGUAUUUUUAGCCAGACCCUAAUAGGUAUGUCAAGGUAUAUUCUUGCCUUGUCUCUCAGAUUGUUCACAGCUUUGUGGUAGUUACCUGUGGCGCUGAUGUUUAGGCCGAGGUAUGUAUCGUUUUUUGUGUGCUCUAGGGCAACGGUGUCUAGAUGUAAUUUGUAUUUGUAGUCCUGGCAACUGGAGCACUUUUGGAACAACAUUAUUUGUAUCUUACUGAGAUUUACUGUCAGGGCCCAGGUCUGAAAUAAUCUGUGCAGAAGAUCUAGGUGCUACUGUAGGCCCUCCUUGGUUGGGGACAGAAACACCAGAUCAUCAGCAAACAGUAGACAUUUGACUUCAUAUUCUAGUAGGGUGAGGCUAGAUUCGUUGAUAUAUACAGUACCAGUCAAAAGUUUGGACACACCUACUCAUUCAAGGGUUUUUCUUUAUUUUUAGUGGUAGUGUUAAUAUAGCCCUGCGCCAUGCCAGGGGAUGGUCUGUGUGGAAGAUUAAGUUGCUUAUGUUCCCAUUUUUAUAAUAGUCAGCAAGAAGUGUCUCUUGAUUUUCCAUAAGGAGCUUCAUUUUGUAAUCUUUUCGUGCUUUCUCAUUUUUUACAGGCAGAGGGUACUGUAUUGUAAUGACCUCUGAACAGCGGGAGGGGGCUUCAAAGGCCUCUGCAUUUGGGUGGGGUAGGCUGUGAAACUCUCCUGCCAUUGUUGGGUUCACGGGCUUUGACACCUCUCACUUCACACCUCAGUGCUAAUUGAAGUUGCAGUCAGAUAUGUUCUGUCCUAGCAAGCUUGGUAGCCUUAACUUAGCAUUUACAUUUACAUUUACAGUUUAGUCAUUUAGCAGAUGCUCUUAUCCAGAGUGACUUACAGUUAGUGAGUGCAUACAUUUUCAUACUGGCCCCCCAUGGGAAUCGAACCCACAACCCUGUCGUUGCAAACGCCAUGCUCUACCAACUGAGCUACACGGGACUAUAACUGAGCAUUCAGUCCUUCUAAAGUAAAAUAGAUCAUUUUAAUGUAUUUUUCUUCUUGGCUUUAAAAGUAGCUUCAGACUAAACAUUACUCACUCAGUUCCAGGUUGGAUGGUGUUUGCCAGAGCAUUUGCUGUAUAGCUUGGAAAUAAGACUAUUAGGUAGUAGGAAUGCUUCCAGGUAAUUUUGUCCAAAAUCAGGUUGUAGGUUUGGAGUUUUGAUUUGGAGUGAAGGUUAUGUUGUGGAGGGUAGUAUCCUGUGUCUGUCCAAGUUUAUCUUACUCGAAAUCUAUCUUUUUGUAAAAACAUGCUGAAAAGUGCGGGAGCUCAUCUCUCUCACACUCUUUCUCGCUCGCUCAUUGAUAUUGAAGAUGGGGGGGUGAUUUCGUUUUUACACAUCCGCCCCGUUUGAGGAUCGAAGACAAUGCUGGUCGAUGUGUUUACAGUCGUGGUCGUCAUUUCCACCCACCCUUUCUCGCUCUGCCUCUGCAGAUGAGUCGCCGCAGUUGAGCAGAGGCUUCUAUGAUCGGUGGAAGACAGAAAUGUAAUUGCAUUUGUGGCCAUUGAUGCUGAUUUGGUAGUGUGUGUUCGUGUGUGCAUGCACGUGUGUUCCCUUCCCUGUGAGUAUCUUUGAGUCUUCUUAAUUGUGUCAUCCAGUGCCAAUUAUUGUAGAGAGAACGAGUUACAGAAGGAACUAUUUCAGCAUGGGACCGAACAGCAGGGGUGGUACAGGCCCUUAAAGAGCUAGCAGCAUGCAUCCUUGCUGAGAUGACUUGGUAGAGUCCAUGUGAAACAGGCCUAAUGGUCCUACUAGAAGCCUUGGGCAACUACCUGCCCCCUAUGAAGUGACUUUUAGGCAGCUAUAUAUAUCAGUGGCGGUUGGUGCCAUUUAAGAUGAGAGAUUAUUGGAUGACUGUCAUUCAUAUUCCAUUCACCCAGCUCAAUGUAACAUUGAUAGGUUUAGGCUACUACAUGAUACUUGAACGUUCCCUGUACCCACCAUGAGGUUGCUACAACCUUUGAAUGAAAAUGUACAACGUAGGAGCACAGGUCGAGAGAAUUCUGAGUAAUCAAGGUGACAGACAGUCACACAUUCAAUGCCUCCUCUCUGAUGUUCCAUCUCUCUCACUGUCUGUCUGUCUGUCUGUCUGUCUGUCUGUCUGUCUGUCUGUCUGUCUGUCUGUCUGUCUGUCUGUCUGUCUGUCUGUCUGUCUGUCUGUCUGUCUGUCUGUCUGUCUGUCUGUCUGUCUGUCUGUCUGUCUGUCUGUCUGUCUGUCUGUCUGUCUGUCUGUCUGUCUGUCUGUCUGUCUGUCUGUCUGUCUGUCUGUCUGUCUCUCUCUCUCUAUCCUAGGUCAGUUGAACUGCAGCUACAGCUCUUAUGAGGCUACUCACUCUCUUCUCUUUCUACCUCUCUUGCUCUCUCUAUCUUUCUCUCCCUCUCAGGUCAAUUUCUCAACGGCAGCUAUUGCUCCUUCGAGGAUGGUGAGUGCGGCUGGCAGCCGACAGCGGCCAAAGGAUCCUCCUGGAGGCGUGUCCACACCCCGCCAAAGGGGGUGUGGCCCAGCUGUUCAUCAUCCUCAGGUGAAUCCUCCAUUCUGAUAUCGAUCACACAAACCCUUUACACAACCCCUAGCUUCCGCCAAGGUAGUCUGUUACCCCUUAAGGCACUUGUGAAGAUCUGAAAAGACUGGAUAGAUGGCGGUAAUAUGUGGAAAAAUUAUUCCCGAAGCAAAAAGAGGAGCUAAACCAUAUUGCUUAUACAGUACCUUAUACAGUUCUUUCAAUGCUACUCAAGUGCCUAGAGAAUAGGGUGUAGGGGUUGUUUCUGGACGUGGUCGUCAUCAAUUUACUGUAUGCCUUUUGUGGCUGUAAUGCAAAGUAAGGCCUAUACUGUAUGCUCAAAUUCAUAUUGGGCGUAACAGAGAAAACCUAUUUUCAUAGCUUGUAAAAUGAUUUGUUUGUGUGCAUGUAUGCGUGUGUGUGCGUGUGUGUUUGUGUGUGCAUUCCAGGUGCCAUGUUCAGUGUGGACAGAGGGCAGUCCAAGGGUCAUCAGGUGUCAACGUUGCUCAGGAGCCCUCUCUUCCCCCCUCCCCUACGGAACUCUCGAUGUGAGGUGAGAGCCCUCUCUCUCUCUCUCACACACACACACACACACACACAUACAGAGAGACACACACACACACACACACAUCAGACACUCAGAGACAGACAGACACACACUCACACACACAAAGCCCUCCUGUUGUGUGCACAUUUGGAGACACAGCUUUGGGUAAUUAUAAUUAAGGCGCAUUGCACAAAUAGAUCAGAUGUAGUCUUUUAAGUCUGACCAACCAGACUUACUGGGUGUGUCCCAAAGGGCACCUUAUUUCCUUUAUAGUGCACUACUUUUGACCAGGGCCCAUAUAGGGAAUAGGGUGCCAUUUGGGAUGGAGACACAGAACGUGUGGAGCACAAACAACAACAUGAAUGGACAGACAAAUUAUGUUAGACAGGAGAGUCUGGAAGAAAACAGGCACACCUUGAAUAAAAAUAGAGCACUAUUACUAUUGAAAAACAAAGUUAUUGAUGAUAGCAGGAUUGCCGAAUGACUGAAAGUUAUUUGUAUGUAUAAUGAGCAGAGCGCUCCUUACUUCAGGAAAUUAAUUCAACUAAUGGAUUUAAAAGUUCCUGUUGAAUGUCUUGAAGCAAUUUCUCUCCAUUUAACUCUUAGUUUACCUUUAAGUUGCCGGAAAACACACAGACAGAGAGACAGAUGCACACACCCAUGCACACACGCUUGCACACACACACUCAAACACAUUUACACUGGCCUGGGAAGAGCUGCAGUGGACAGGUGAGGGGGGUGCAAGUGGAAGCAUGCGCUGCCUCAUUUAUCAUUUAUCAAUUUAAUUAAUUAAUUGAAUUCAAAUGUAUUUCCUGAAUUGAAAGAUUACAUGAAGUUUGAUCCCAACCCUGAUAGUGGCGGGUUAGCAAGCUAUCAUGAAUGGAGUCGGUGACAUUUCCCAGGGAUCUCCAGACACGAGGUCAACCCAAUUAAUAAGAGGCCGUUCCUGUCAAUCCGUUGGCAAAAAAAAAUAGGAUGGCGAUAUGGAAUGCAUUAUUCGUGCCAUAUUGGUCAGUCUGGGACCAGUGGGGUUGUCUGUCAGGUCUAGACCGGGUGAGUCCAUGGCUAUGGUUGUAAACGUCUGCCUCAUUAUAGAAGGUGUCUGGCAAGUGGGCCGAUAUCAUAUUUAGAGGUUAGUAUGGUGUCCAUAUUAGGUCACCCUCAAUGUGUUUACACCACUAAGCACUGUCACCCUUGACCUUGUGUAUUUGGGAGGAGGGGGAAGGUCCGUUGGAUAUGGAGUGCUGGGGAGAGAGAGUGAACAGGAGAGAGAGAGGAGUGUGUGGAUAAGCACGACUAGACAGAGCGAGAGAGAGAGAGAGAGAGAGAGAGAGAGAGAGAGAGAGAGAGAGAGAGAGAGACAGAGAGAGAGGGAGAAGAGAUAGAAAGAAUAACAGAGGGGGAUCAACUGAGGAGAGACAUAGACAGAGAUGCGGAUAUCAGUCCCGCUACAGCUACAGCACAGCUAGCGGCAGUCAGUGGUUCCUUGGCACGGCCCAAAGAUUAGCCAUGAUUCCAGAUUAGAACCUCAAUCUCUCCCCUUACACGAACCUGAGCUGUCCAAUGUACAGUACCUGCCUGUCUGCUCUGUCUGCCGCAGGACCCAAUCUCAAGAGUAGAUUGGCUUGGGUAUUAGUUGCAGAUCAUGUCCACCUCGAAGUAAUACCUGGCGAACACUGUUUGACUUCUAUAAUCUUGAUGUCGGGGAACUUCUCACAGUUUCACAAAGGUGAAAUCUGGAUCAAUGAUUAUUGAGUGAGGGAGAUGGUACACUGCGAUAGAAUACCUUGUACUACAUCAUUGAAAUUAUAAUUACACAUUUUAUCAGAGGGAAAUCCUAUUCGUCACCUGUGCAUACUGGACAGACAGAAAGAUAGCAUUUAGACAGGAGUAAUGUUGUUCAGUUCAUUUGAGAACAAUAUGAGCAAUAUGAAUAGGGAACUUUGUACAGCCAAGUGUACAGCUGAGGCAAUUGAUGAAUCUGCAGGUGUAACUUUCUUGAAAGAAAGACAGAUACCCGCACACUGCUCCUGCAGUUUAAUUUAGUUAAACAUUUUAUACCCAAAUGUCUUCCCUGAAGGACUGGCUGGAUGAAGACCUUUUGGGUUAAAAUGUUGCACUUAAUAACACUGUGGGAACAUUCAACAGAGUGCAGGUGUUUAUCUUCAUGAUGUACCCUGCACCUGCAAGUAACUGGAUGUGCGCACACUACUUCUAAACUAGUAAUUAUGACAGUAUAACAUCACAAUCUGAUGCGUUCAAACAAAUUAUUUGAGAUGGCAAUGUGUGUCUCAGUCAAGUCCUAUUCAAGUCCUAUUCAGACUCAUUAUAUAACCUGACUUUUUUGAUCUCCCCAACAGGUACGGUUCUGGAUGUGUUCCGGAGGUGGCCAGAGAGGGGCACUGUCUUUGUGGCUGGUGGAAAAUAGCACGCAACCAGAGGAGCAGCGUAGACUAUGGUACUCUGCCAGCGAGCCCAAGACCAAGAAAGGCUGGAGACGCAUUACCGUUCCUCUCUACGGACUUGUUGACUGGUACGGCAGAUCAAGUUGCUCCAUUAACAGACAGACAAGUGAUUUGGCCAAUCCCAGCCUUAUGCAAACAGAGUGAAGUGUAUGAAUAUGUAAAAAGGUCGAAACGGGUCACUGCGUCAUUAGAUUGUGAGAUAGAAUCAUACUACAUUUGAAACAUGCACCACGUCAAAGCAUUAAAGAACCAGCGAAACCACAGAGAUGCAUGUGCUUUGUGUAUUCUUUUGGGAUGAAAGAAAAUACAUUAAGCCUCUCACGUCCAAAGACACAGUAAUUAAUAGCUUUUUUCUUCAGUUCUUCCUUCAAAAUGCAGAUUUUCAACAUUUACAUUCCAUUUUUAAGAUAACCCUCCCUUUCACCCUGCAAACUUAAUGAAUCCCAAUGGGUCCACUUGCCUUGUACUGUGAGUUCCCUAUUCACCUUAUCACUCACUGUAUCACUUGUUUAAAAAAAAACUAAAAGAACAGGGAAGUGAAAAUCGAUAGAGGCCACCACUCAUCCGCCUUUUCCUCCAAUUAGCUAUGGCACUUGAUUUUUCAGUAAUUCAGUGUGAGGAGCUGAAAUAAAUCAAAUAAAAAAGCUGGACAAUUAGUUUCAUCUCGGUGUGCUUGAUUGGGCCCUCUCUAUCGUUGGAGAGUUAUUAUAUUUGUAUUCCCGGUUUUACAGAGUUUGUUCUGCUCACGUUCCUAAUUAAAAGGCGUGUCCUUGCGCCUUAUGAACUCGCCCGGACUCGAGGUACGACCUUUGGUCUGGAUCACUGACAUAUAGGCAGAGGAAUAGGGAAGUCAGUGGAUAAAGGUUAGGUUGUAGUAGUAACCUAUGUUUUUGGACUGUGAAGGGCAGUAUGGAAGUAGAUAAGGGCCAAAAAGUUUUAGGAGUUAAGUUAGGAGUUAAUUUUUCAACCUUUUGAGUACUAUGAAAAAGACGGCCAACACCCCCACAUUAAAUAUGACUUAGAUGUAUUCUCAAUCUGGACUUACAAUGGACGCAUUUCGACCAUGAAGUCUUAAUUGACCUUUCCACCAAGCAAAUUUUAAAGACAUUUUUGUAACGCAAGAUGAGAGGAAAAGAUAAGUGUCUUCAUUUUGAUAGGAUUUUGUUCCGUAACAAUGUAAAAUGAAGCUUGCGGAUGUCUUCAAAGUUGGCUCCCUACAGUAGUCUGUCAUUUAUCUUCUCUGUUCCCUUUGUCUCACUACUGCACACCAAAUAGCAUGAGCAAAUGUAAGGGAAAAGAACAGUAGGUAAUUGAAAGUCACUGUGACUUGAAAAAGACCCUUAUCCUCUAUGGGAUCGGUGUCCCGUAUGCAGGACGGUUGAGCUACCGUGCGCUAAUGUGAUUAGCAUGACUGUUGUAAGUAACAGCAAACUUUCCAGGACAUAGACAUGUCUUAUAUGGGUAGAAAGCUUAAUUUCUUGUUAAUCUAACUGCACUGUCCAAUUUACAGUAGCUAUUACAGUGACAAAAUACCAUGCUAUUGUUUGAGGAGAGUGCACAACAACAAAAAAUGUAUCACGGCAACUGGUUUGAUACAUUCACCUCUGAAGGUAAAUAAUGUACUUACAUUCAGUAAUACUGCUCUGAUUUGUCAUCCUGAGGGUCCCAGAGAUAAAAUGUGCAUAGCUUUGUUUGAUAAAAUCAAUUUUUAUAUUCAAAUGUAGGAACUGGGUUCUAUAGUUUGAACCCUUGCUGUCUCUGGCUCCACACCUACCCCGUCUGGCCAUCUAGAUGUUUUAGUGUAUAAGCUAAUGAUCCAUCAUGUAUGACAUUCCUGGGAGUGUGUAAACUUACAUUUUGUAUUACCAUAUCAUUUUUGUAUGUUCUCUAUAGUUAUGUACUUGAAAAUGUAUGAAUUGACCAAUUCGGCACAUUUGGGCAGACUUGAUACAAAAUAGUCCAGUAUUGCAAUGCUUCACUGGAUCAAUCUAAAGCUUUGCGAACACUGCUACCAUCUAGUGGCCAAAAUCUAAAUUGCACUUGAACUGCAAUAUUAUAGUGGCCUUUCUCUUGCACUUCAAAGAUGAUGGAACAAAAAAAUUAAUAGAAAAUGCAUGUUUUAUAUACUUUCCUACAUUAAUUUCAUAUUUCCACAAACUUCAAAGUGUUUCCUUUCAAAUGGUAUCAAGAAUAUGCAUAUCAUUGCUUCAGGUCCUGAGCUACAGGCAGUUAGAUUUGGGUAUGUCAUUUUAGGCGAAAAUUGAAAAAAAAAGGGUCCGAUCCUUAAUUAUAAAGCUUCGAACAUUAUAGAGAAAAUUCAUCAUUCUAACAUCCUAAAUAUAAUUUUGUGUGGUACACAUGCCUGGGAAAAUAGGUAAUUCAAGGUCUCACAGAUCAGUACAUUCAGUACAGGGUACAGUAAUGUAAACUGUGGUCUUUGAGGCCAUGCAUCAGUGUUCUGUCUAUUUGCCGUUUCUAAUAGAACACUAUAGUGAGGUCAGAACUCACUCAUUCUCUACAUGAGGUCUUUAUGACAUGUUCUAGUACUGUCAGACAUCUCUUUAUAUAGGUUGUUUUCAACAAUGUUACUUUUGAAAUAUGUAGUUGUGUUAGUAGAAUAUUUAAGUUAUGUCCUGUUUAAAGUCCUUUAUGUACUAAUACCAGUAGAAUACUGGAGUCAAGGAUGGGAAGGAUUAGAAAGGGAUAUCAUUACUCUCAAUAUACUCUUUGCAAGUAUAUCUACACUCAGUAAACAUACUCUGUCAUUAUCUUGUCCUAGACUUGAAUCUGCAUUGGGGGCAGAAUACAGUGCCUUGCAAAAGUAGUCACCCCCCUUGGCGUUUUUCCUACUUUGUUGCAUUACAACCUGUAAUUUAAAUUGAUUUCUAUUUGCAUUUCAUGUGAAGACAUCAAAACUAUGAAAUAACACAUGUGGAAUCAUGUAGUAACUAAAAAAGUGUUCAACAAAUCAAAAUAUAUUUUAUAUUUGAGAUUCUUCAAAUUGCAACACUUUGCCUUGAUGACAGCUUUGCACACUCUUGGCAUUCCCUCAACCAGCUUCACCUGGAAUGCUUUUCCAACAGUCUUGAAGGAGUUCCCACAUAUGCUGAGCACUUGUUGGCUGCUUUUCCUUCACUCUGCGGUCAGACUCAUCCCAAACCAUCUCAAUUUGGUUGAGGUCGGGGGAUUGUGGAGGCCAGGUCAUCUGAUGCAGCACAUCAUCACUCUCCUUCUUGGUAAAAUAGCCCUUACACAGCCUGGAGGUGUGUUGGGUCAUUGUCCUGUUGAAAAACAAAUGAUAGUCCCACUAAGCCCAAAUCAGAUGGGAUGGUGUAUCGCUGCAGAAUGGUUAAGUGUGCCUUGAAUUCUAAAUAAAUCACAGACAGUGUCACCAGCAAAGCACCCCCACACCAUUACACCACCUCAAUUUUUUGGGAACUACACACGCGGAGAUCAUCCGUUCACCCACAAUGCGUCUCACAAAGACACUGCGGUUAGAACCCAAAAUCUCCAAUUUGAACUCCAGACCAAAGGACACAUUUUCACAUGUCUAAUGUCCAUUGCUCGUGUUUAUUGGCCUAUGCAAGUCUCUUCUUCUUAUUGGUGUCCUUUAGUAGUGGUUUCAUUGCAGCAAUUCGACCAUGAAGGCCUGAUUCACACAGUCUCCUCUGAACAGUUGAUGUUGAAAUGUGUCUGUUACUUGAACUCUGUGAAGCAUUUAUUUGGGCUGCAAUUUCUGAGGCUGGUAACUCUAAUGAACUUAUCCUCUGCAGCAGAGGUAACUCUGGGUCUUCCAUUCCUGUGGCGAUCCUCAAAGUUCUUGACAUUUUCCGUGUUGACUGAUCUUCAUUUGUUAAAGUUAUGAUGGACUGUCGUUUCUCUUUGCUUGUUUGAGCUGUUCUUGCCAUAAUAUGGACUUGGUAUUUUACCAAAUAGGGCUAUCUUCUGUAUACCCCCCCACCUUGUCACAACACAACUGAUUGGCUCAAACGCAUUAAGAAGGAAAGAAAUUCCACAAAUUAACUUUUAAGAAGGCACACCUCUUAAUUGAAAUACAUUCCAGUUGACUACCUCAUGAAGCUGGUUGAGAGAAUGCCAAGAUUGUACAAAGCUGUCAUCAAGGCAAAGAGUGGCUAUUUGAAGAAUCUCAAAUAUAAUGUAUAUUUUUCAUUUGUUUAACACUUUUUUGGUUACUACAUGAUUCUAUAUAUAUUAUUUCAUAGUUUUUGAUGUCUUCACUAUUAUUCUAUAACGUACAAAAUAGUAAAAAUAAAGAAACCCUUGAAUGAGUAGGUGUUCUAAAACUUUUGCCCGAUAGUGUACUUCAUCUCAUACUAGAGUUGAGUAAUGCAGCUUGUGGUCAUAAAUGUUGUGUUCUAAGACCAGGUUGUGUGUCUCUACUGUUCUAAGAUCAUAUUGUGUUUCUCCUCAGGUUCUGGCUCCAGUUCAGUACUGACAAUGGAACAGGACAAGGAUCAGCCAUUUGUCUGGAUAACAUCUCCUUCAGCAUGGACUGCUUCCUGGCA